AUGCUGAAACUCCUGAUUCUUUUAUCACUUUGCCACGUGGCAUCCUCCCUGUUCUUCCCAUCUGUAUCCCCUGCUGGCGGCGGAUGUGGAUGUGGUUGUGGAGGUGGAGGAGGAGGAGGAUGUUGUGCGCCACCGCCACCACCACCAGUCUGCGGUGGUUGCUGUGGUGGUCGAAAGAAGAGAGAAAUCGGUCAUGUCAAGGGUCAUAUAGUGCAUCGAGAUGAGCAAGAAUGGAGCAAUCAGUGUAAUAGUCAGGAAUUUUCAGAGGUCAUUCUGAAACACAUCGAAAUGUCCUCCUUGAAAUCGAGCCGUGAAGCCAUCUACAAAGAACUCGACGCCGCUUAUCCAGACUCAAUGUUCACCGUGUUUUGUCUGAAAAAUUCCACGUCAUCGUAUCAAGCAGAUGCGAAGAGGUACUGUAUGGAAAAGAGCAAGGAUCGCAUGUGCUAUGUUUUCGAAUUUUAA